AAGCAGCUCCAGACGUCGCGCUGGCUCGAGCUGGCGGAGCGAUGCUGCAAUCCGCAGACGCGGCCGAGCGGGCCGCAGCAGAACGAUGCCGCCGUGGCCAAGGCGGCGCGUGCUGCGAUCGCCGACGACGAGAACCUCGACGACGCCGGCAAGCAGGCGCUGCGGCGCGCCGCUGGCAGAGCCCCGCUCCAGCGGCUCCCGCUCUCUGGGCUCGCCGCGAACUACACGGCAGGUGCGGAUCCCGGAGAAGUGGCAUCGGUCCGCAUCAACGACACCCGCUUCUUCCUCCUCGACGCAAACUCGGCCCUGGCCAGGCUGAGGCACACAACGUACAACGUGCUCGACAUCCAGAGCGGCACCUCGAUCGCCGACCUCCUCUCCAAC